AUGACCGACGCUGGUCACAUGCUGUCGGAUUUGCUGUCGUUCAUCAUCUCGAUAAUGGCCAUUCGAACAGCGCGGCAACCACCAAGCAAACGUCUUUCGUGGGGAUAUGAUCGAGCAGAAGUAUUGGGUGCGAUGAUUUCUGUCAUUAUCCUUUGGGUGCUCACAACGGUGCUGGUACUGUUGGCCAUUGAACGAAUUGUGAACAACAAGCUGUCUGUGGACGCUGAUGUGAUGCUGAUCACAGCUAGUGUUGGAGUUGGAUUCAACAUUAUCAUGGGUAUUGUGUUACAUUUUGGAAGUGGUGGACAUGGACACACUCAUGGAGGAGCCAGUCAUGGUCAUUCCCAUGGUGGCAAAAACGUCAACGUUCGAGCGGCGUUCAUUCACGUUAUCGGCGAUCUGAUCCAAUCGAUUGGUGUGCUUAUUGCAGCUCUAGUCAUCAAGUUCACUGGCUGGGAAUUGGCGGAUCCGAUUUGCACGUUCCUUUUCUCGAUAAUCGUAUUGUUCACCACGAUUCACGUACUACGAGAUAUCUUCUUUGUUCUCAUGGAAGCCACGCCCCGUCAUUUGGAUUUCAAUGCAGUGAAAGAGGAUCUCGCCGCCAUAAAUUAUGUUCAAAGUGUACAUGACCUACAUAUGUGGUCACUAAACAUGGAAAAGACUGCUCUUUCAGUACAUCUUGCAAUUGAUUCGUCAGAACACGCUCUCAGUACGGUAACUGCGGCGCGUACAUUGAUUCGACAAAAGUACGGUAUUUCCAAAGCUACCGUACAAGUGGAAUCUUACGAUAAGAGCAUGAACUCAUGCGAUCAGUGUUUGACGUAA